AUGUGGCUUUCAUACCAGGCCGACAAAGCUCUUCAAAGUGCGUCUGGAGGCUUCAGUUUCUUUGGGGGACGAACGGAGAAGCUUGAGAAUGCGGCAGAUCUUUACAUUCAAGCAGCGAACGCAUUCCGAGUACAGAAACUGAACAGGGAAGCUGGACAGGCAUUUGAGAAAGCCGCCGCUGUUCAGAAAAACAAUCUCAACGAACCCGACGACGCAGCAAACAGUUUAUCCGAAGCUUUCAAGGUAUAUCGCAAAUCAGAUCCCGAGGAUGCAGUACGAGUACUCGCAAUUGCAGUCCAGCAUUAUAUUUCGAAGGGAAACUUUAGACGAGCGGCCACUCACCAGCAGAACCUGGCUGAGACUUAUGAAGUUGAGAUUGGCAAUGCGAAGAAGGCUUUGGAGGAGUAUGAGAAAGCUGCCGAGUGGUACGAAAGUGACAACGCAGAAGCACUUGCCAAUAAAUAUUUCCUAAAGGUUGCCGAUCUCGCCGCCAUAGAAGGGGACUAUUACAAGGCAAUUGCACAAUACGAAAAAGUUGGAAAGGUUUCGAUUAACAACAAUCUGAUGAAAUGGUCCGUCAAGGAUUAUUUCUUCAAAGCCGGUAUAUGUCAUCUUGCAACAGGGGACCUCGUUGCUAGCAACCGUGCAUUGGAAAGUUAUAGAGACAUUGAUCCUUCGUUUUCAUCAACCAGGGAGCACGCGCUAUUGGUCGACCUUUUGCAGGCUGUUGAGCAAGGAGAUCAAGAAAUGUUUGCCGAUAAGCUCUUCCAAUUUGAUCAAUUGAGCAAAUUGGACAAAUGGAAGACCACUCUGUUCCUCCGCAUCAAGGGUAACAUUGAAGAGGUCGGUGAGGAUUUCUCGUAG